AUUAGCUUGACAUUGGUGUGACCACCGAGCAGUCGAGGGGAAAAAAGGUUUUCAUCGUCAUGAAGAUUUAACUGUUAUAUAAUUUUGUUUUCGCGUUGAGGUUCCAGUGUCUUGUUCCUAUCUCUGUUGUUGAUUCCCGGCAGUUUUAAAAUCGGAAUGGGCGAACCGAGCGGCAGAUAUCAGCAGCUGACCAAUGAGGAGGACCCACAGGAGACUCCACUGGUAGCAGCUGAAUCUCCACCCCCCUACAGCAGCAUCACAGGGGACAAUGCCGCCUUCUUUGACUACAAGGAAGACGGUGCUUUCCCCAAUCCUCCAUCAUACAACGUUGCAACCACGCUGCCUUCCUAUGACGAGGCAGAAAGAACCAAGACUGAGACCGCGGUUCCCCUGGCAACUGGCAGACACCAGCCGCAACCUCAGCACAGGGAACGCCCGGAGACUUUUGACGAUGUAAUUCGCAGUUCACUGGAGGACGAAGACUUUGUGGCCAGAGACGACUUUGAGGACGCUGAUCAGCUGAGGAUAGGAAAUGACGGCGUCUUCAUGCUGGCAUUCUUCAUGGCAUUCCUGUUCAACUGGAUCGGCUUCUUCAUGUCUUUCUGUCUGACCACUUCAGCAGCCGGCCGCUAUGGGGCCAUCUCAGGCUUUGGCCUCUCGCUGAUCAAAUGGAUCCUCAUUGUCAGGUUCUCCACAUACUUCCCUGGUUACUUUGAUGGACAGUACUGGCUAUGGUGGGUCUUCCUGGUGUUGGGCUUCUUGCUCUUCCUUCGAGGAUUCAUCAACUAUGCCAGAAUCCGCAAAAUGGCUGACACUCUCUCCACCCUGCCCCGCACCCGAGUCCUCUUCAUAUACUGAGCUCACAGUCGUCAUCGUCAUUCUUUUCCUCCUUCUCAAUGAAGCGUGCUGUCUGGUUUUAUCCAAUCACAACGGGAGAAAAGGAGGCGUUUCCCCUCUGCUUGACAUGAUCUGGACAAUACAUCGGUUUUCCCCUUUUGGUGUAAAAAGGUGAUAUGCUGUAAAACUAUUCAGUUGUUAGUGGUGUACUGUCAAGUGCUAUUUGCAGUUCUGAAGUGUGUGAUGUGUAAAUGAAUGCCUUAUUUUCUGUUUGUCUGCCUCUUGGUAGCGGCGGCAUGAGCCGUUCUCCUGUCAGCCACCAGGGGGCAGUCAGGUUUGUGUUUACUUUCACCACUCUUCUAUCAAAUGAUGUCACGGUUCUCAGCCCUGGACUCCGGGUACUUUGGGGAUUAUGGUUGAUUUACUCGGUGUGAAAUAAUAUAUUUCAUGUCCCAUUUUCAUGUGCUUUUAACCUUUUUGUCACUAAUGCGUCAUUCCCGCCGGAAAUAGUGUAUAAUUCAGCUAAGAUGAGGACGAAAAUGGAAAAUGAUCCGCUUUUUUUGGGGUACAGGCACCGGAAAGGGCGAGAAUGUAUAGCGGUUCAGGGGCAUGGUUUUCUUUUCCUUCUAUAAUUAGGAAUAGUUUGGUCACACACACUGUAAUCAGGAGCGUUAGUGCUUUACAUUUAGUACACGUAUACCAGCACAAAGGUAAAGCAGAGCUUCUUUAAAAGGCAGAGGAUCACUGCCCUGCUCAAGGACACCGUGUCAUGCAAUAAGAUGAUAGUCUGUCACUCCAUUCACAUGUGCAGUCAGACGCCACAUCUUGGUCACUGGCGCCCAUUGACUGUUUACAUGGAUGGAAACAUUUUCAUGUUCCCAGAAGUGAUUUUGAAAUCCUUUCCUGUGAAGAACAAGGACGACAUUAUACAGAGAGAAUUCUUUCUUUUUUGCCCAAGCAAUGAAAUAUUGAGUCAGUCAUUUUCUGUAUAUCCUCACUGUAGUGGAAUGACAUGGUUUCUUUUUCAAAGAAUUUCAUUAUCUGUCUUGGAAAAUGUUUGGAAAUAAACGGGAAAAAGUCAA